AUGAUUACACCAGGAAGAACCCGAAUGCGACAAGUUCGAUCACCUUCACCAGAACCAUAUGACUUUGAUGCGUCCGACGACGCUGGUGAUAGCGAUCAAAAUGCGGAAUUCGUGCGAUCAGAACCCUCGACGGACGGUUCGGAUAGCCUAAGAAGCUUGAGGAAGUUUAUCGCUUCUUUAUCGCAGGACAGUGAUCCUGACUUUGACGGCAACAGCCAGGAUGACAGCGUAACAUCAUCUGGUGGGAGCCAGAGAGGCUCUCUUUCCGCGGUGGGUGAUAAGAAGUACGAGCCACUUGGAAGUUUAGCAUAUGUCGUUGCAGCGCUGGACAAGAUUCAGGAAGCACUCGAGGCACUGAAAGAGGCCGUGGAAAGAGUCAAGUACGAUCGGCUGGAACAGAUCGAGAAUGGUCUAGGAGGUGUCAGAUUUAAACCAUCAUCUGUACUAUCCCGAAUCAUCGCACUCGAUCCUGUCAUGAGUAAAUGGCGUUGA